CCCGGUGCAUGCCGGGACGGCGGUGGGCGGUGCCUGCGCUCGCAUCAUGGCGGCUGAGUGGGCUUCUCGUUUCUGGCUUUGGGCUGCGCUGCUGAUUCCUGUGGCCGCGGUCUACGAAGACCAAGUGGGCAAGUUUGAUUGGAGACAGCAGUAUGUUGGGAAGCUCAAGUUUGCCUCCUUGGAAUUUUCCCCUGGAUCUAAGAAGUUGGUUGUAGCCACAGAGAAGAAUGUGAUUGCAGCAUUAAAUUCCAGAACUGGGGAGAUCUUGUGGCGCCAUGUUGACAAGGGCACGGCAGAAGGGGCUGUGGAUGCCAUGCUGCUUCACGGACAGGAUGCAAUCACUGUGUCCAAUGGAGGCCGAAUCAUGCGUUCCUGGGAGACUAACAUCGGGGGCCUGAACUGGGAGAUAACCUUGGACAGUGGCAGUUUCCAGGCACUUGGGCUGGUUGGCCUGCAGGAGUCUGUGAGGUACAUCGCAGUCCUGAAGAAGAUGACGCUUGCCCUCCAUCACCUCUCCAGUGGGCACCUCAAGUGGGUGGAACAUCUCCCAGAAAGUGACAGCAUCCACUACCAGAUGGUGUAUUCUUACGGCUCUGGGGUGGUGUGGGCCCUCGGAGUUGUUCCUUUCAGCCAUGUGAACAUUGUCAAGUUUAAUGUGGAAGAUGGAGAGAUUGUUCAGCAGGUCAGAGUUUCAACUCCAUGGCUGCAGCACCUGUCCGGAGCCUGUGGCGUGGUGGAUGAGGCUGUCCUGGUGUGUCCUGACCCGAGCUCACGUUCCCUCCAAACUUUGGCUCUGGAGACGGAAUGGGAGCUGAGACAGAUCCCGCUGCAGUCUCUCGACUUAGAAUUUGGAAGUGGAUUCCAACCCCGGGUCCUGCCCACCCAGCCCAACCCAGUGGACGCUUCCCGGGCCCAGUUCUUCCUGCACUUGUCCCCAAGCCACUAUGCUCUGCUGCAGUACCAUUACGGCACCCUGAGUUUGCUUAAAAACUUCCCACAGACUGCCCUAGUGAGCUUUGCCACCACUGGGGAGAAGACGGUGGCUGCAGUCAUGGCCUGUCGGAAUGAAGUGCAGAAACCGAGCAAUUCUGAAGAUGGGUCAAUGGGGAGCUUUCCGGAGAAGUCUAGUUCAAAGGACUCUCUGGCUUGCUUCAAUCAGACCUACACCAUUAACCUGUAUCUCGUGGAGACAGGUCGGCGGCUGCUGGACACCACAAUUACAUUUAGCCUGGAACAGAGCGGCACUCGGCCUGAGCGGCUGUAUAUCCAGGUGUUCUUGAAAAAGGAUGACUCAGUGGGCUACCGGGCUUUGGUGCAGACGGAGGAUCAUCUGCUACUUUUCCUGCAGCAGUUGGCAGGGAAGGUGGUGCUGUGGAGCCGUGAGGAGUCCCUGGCAGAAGUGGUGUGCCUAGAGAUGGUGGACCUCCCCCUGACUGGGGCACAGGCCGAGCUGGAAGGAGAAUUUGGCAAAAAGGCAGCGAUUCAAGAUGGCUUGCUGGGGAUGUUCCUGAAACGCCUCUCGUCUCAGCUUAUCCUGCUGCAAGCAUGGACUUCCCACCUCUGGAAAAUGUUUUACGAUGCUCGGAAGCCCCGAAGUCAGAUUAAGAAUGAGAUCAACAUUGACACCCUGGCCAGAGAUGAAUUCAACCUCCAGAAGAUGGUGGUGAUGGCAACAGCCUCAGGCAAGCUUUUUGGCAUUGAGAGCAGCUCUGGCACCAUCCUGUGGAAACAGUAUCUACCCAAUGUCAAGCCAGACUCCUCCUUUAAACUGAUGGUUCAGAGAACUACUGCUCAUUUCCCCCACCCCCCACAGUGCACCCUGCUGGUGAAGGACAAGGAGUCGGGAAUGAGUUCCCUGUAUGUCUUCAAUCCCAUUUUUGGGAAGUGGAGUCAGGUGGCUCCCCCAGUGCUGAAGCGCCCCAUCUUGCAGUCCUUGCUUCUCCCAGUCAUGGAUCAAGACUACGCCAAGGUGUUGCUGUUGAUAGAUGAUGAAUACAAGGUCACAGCUUUUCCAGCCACUCGGAAUGUCUUGCGACAGCUACAUGAGCUUGCCCCUUCCAUUUUCUUCUAUUUGGUGGAUGCGGAGCAGGGACGGCUAUGUGGAUAUCGGCUUCGAAAGGAUCUCACCACUGAGCUGAGUUGGGAGCUGACCAUUCCCCCGGAAGUACAGCGGAUCGUCAAGGUGAAGGGGAAACGCAGCAGUGAGCACGUUCAUUCCCAGGGCCGUGUGAUGGGGGACCGCAGUGUGCUCUACAAGAGCCUGAACCCCAACCUGCUGGCCGUGGUGACGGAGAGCACAGACACGCACCAUGAGCGCACCUUUAUUGGCAUCUUCCUCAUUGAUGGCGUCACUGGGCGUAUCAUCCACUCCUCUGUGCAGAAGAAAGCCAAGGGCCCUGUCCAUAUCGUGCAUUCAGAGAACUGGGUGGUGUACCAGUACUGGAACACCAAGGCUCGGCGCAAUGAGUUUACCGUACUGGAGCUCUAUGAGGGCACUGAGCAAUACAACGCCACUGCCUUCAGCUCCCUGGACCGCCCCCAGCUGCCCCAGGUCCUCCAGCAGUCCUAUAUCUUCCCAUCCUCCAUCAGUGCCAUGGAGGCUACCAUCACCGAGCGGGGCAUCACCAGCCGACACCUGCUGAUUGGACUACCUUCUGGAGCAAUUCUUUCCCUUCCUAAGGCUUUGCUGGAUCCCCGCCGCCCCGAGAUUCCAACAGAACAAAGCAGAGAGGAGAACCUAAUCCCGUAUUCUCCAGAUGUACAGAUACACGCAGAGCGAUUCAUCAACUAUAACCAGACAGUUUCUCGAAUGCGAGGUAUCUACACAGCUCCCUCGGGCCUGGAGUCCACUUGUUUGGUUGUGGCCUAUGGUUUGGACAUUUACCAAACUCGAGUCUACCCAUCUAAGCAGUUUGACGUUCUGAAGGAUGACUAUGACUACGUGUUAAUCAGCAGUGUCCUCUUUGGCCUGGUUUUUGCCACCAUGAUCACUAAGAGACUAGCACAGGUGAAGCUCCUGAAUCGGGCCUGGCGAUAAAGACCAAAGACUGUGCCUAAAAGUGGAGAGCCAGGGGAGUGUGGGUCAGAAAAGAAGCUACAGCUGCAGUUUGGUGGCGUGGUGGAGAGUGUGUGUGUGUGUGUGUGUGUGUGUGUGUGUGUGUGUGCGCGCGCGCGCCCAGCUCAGUUAAGAGCUGCAGGCGUGGUGGAGAAGAGUGUGUGUGUGUGUGUGUGCGCCCAGCUCAGUUAAGAGCUGCAGGGAAGAAGAUGGAUGACCUCCACGUAGAACUCCUUUUGGGAUACACAUGAUGCAGAAUCCUGCAUGGAGAGAGAACUCACUCUCAGCUGAGAAUCUCAGAGAAUCCUGAUGGGCUUUCCCUUGAAGUCCAAAGGCCUCUGCAUUGUUUCCUUUCUUUGCCCAUCCAUGAAUUGUAUUUUUUUUUUUUAAUAAGAAUUCCAGCUGAUUGUUGUGAGGCCUGUUUAAAUUUUUACUUUGCCUUUUGUGUUUCCCCGUUUUAUCUAGAAAUCUUUCUGACUUUUUCCAUCUCUUGCUUCAAAGUAAGAGGGGAACUGUCCUUGCCGACUCCACCUUACAGGUGCAUUUGUUGUUUUGCACUGGUAAGAAAUAGGAUCCAUCCUUAGCUGAGGCUCGAGGACUGAUCCAGCCUCUCAUGGCUUCCCUCCAAAGUAACUUAGGGUUGAGGGAUCUAUAUGUGAUAUCAAAACUUACGUUAAACCUCUAGUUUCAUGCUGUCAUUCAUUAGGCUGGGCCACCAAAUGUUUGUUUCAAUUUAUCAGAAGCCAAGUCAUUAGCGUCUUGUUUGUUGCCCAUUGCCUAUACUUUUCACCUGAGAUGUGUGAGUUCGGGCCUUUUAAAAACUACUGAAUUGUCUGAGCCUCGAAGACAUUUCCAGGGAGAAGAGAUAAUCUCUCAUUUCACUCACAGGCUGGUCUAAUCAUAACCUAUUUAAAGAUGUCCUUGUUUAAGAACCCCAUUAUUUAUUUUUAGUUUUUAAUAUAAAUUAACAUGUGGGGCAUCAUAUUUCUCUUUAAAUGAGGAAAUUUUAAGUCUUACUGAUCUAACCUUUGAAGCUUUAAAAAAGAGGGAAAAAGGGGUGGGGGUGGGAAACUGGCAUACUGUUUAUUGCACUGCCGAUUGGCUAAGCCACUGUGUCUCUGCUACAAAUUAAAGAAAUCCUAAAAGUUUUCCUUGGUCAUAGAGUUGGGGAAUGACAGAAUUUUUCUUUACUGUGAAAUGUAUGUACAGAGUAGACCACCUCUAGCCCUGUGGCGAAAGAGGUACACUCGAAUGUCUGAAUAAAGCAAGUGACGAAUGACA